CGUGUUUACAAGCGGAGCGUGACGUUCACGGAGCCGAAAGAAAACGUUUCCGAGCGUAACUGCUGCCGCUUGUUCUCUGCAAAAAAGCGUCCAAAAUGCUGUCGCUGAAAGCCUUUCUGAGCGAGAGACUGACUCUGGCCGCGGAGGAGAUCUUCGCUGCGGUCGAAAAGACGAUCAUCGAGUACAAAGAGGAGCUUUGUCGCUCCAAAGACAUAGAAAUCACUCGUCUGAGAAUGCAGCUGAAGAUCCUCAAAUCCGAGCCUCAGUCGGUGAGCUGCCUGGGAGCCCAGCUGCUGCAGCACGCCCAUCACCUCCACGCGCUCCCCCCUGCCCAGCAGCAGCAGCUCCAUCAGUCCGCCUCCGCAGCGGACCCGCCUGAGGCCCAGCACUACGAGGAGGAGCGGGAGCCGGGGCCGGAGGAAGAGGAGGAGUACCACGAGGAGGAGGGCAGCAGCGUGGACCCGGAGCAUCCGGAGCCCUCGCAGGUCAAGAAGGAGCCGACGAAGAGCCACAGGGACUUCUGGCUGGCCCACGACGGCGAGCAGCUGGACGAUCUGGAGCCAGACAUGAAGGACUUCAUCUCACCCCCCGCGGGGCUGAAGCCGAACCUGCACGACCCCGCCUUAAUUUUCCACCCUUACCACCUGAACGGCGUCGAGGACGGCCGGGACAAACCCUACUGCUGCUCGGUGUGCGAGAAGCGCUUCACCAACUGCUCUCACCUGGCGGCUCACAUCAGGACUCACACCGGGGAGAGGCCGUACCGCUGCGAGAUCUGCAGGAAGACCUUCAUCACCACGAGCGCUCUGAACAGACACCAGACCAUCCACACGGAGGGCAAGCGCUUCGUCUGCACGUAUUGCGGGAAAUCCUUCAAAUGGAUGGAGUCUCUCGGCCGCCACAUCAGGGUUGUGCACAAGAAGGACAAUGUAUCUGUCUGAGAGGCUGCAGGGGGGGCGAUGAUCCCCUCUGCAGUGGGUUAGUUUAGCUGUGUUGUGACUACUUGUAUGUUAUAUACAAUUUUACUGUAAAAUGCAUAAGAAUUGCAGCUAGGAAUGUAGUGUGUUUUUGUGUAUUGUAAUGAAAUACAUCAGUCAAUGUGCAUGGACCUAAUGAAGCCUCGUAUACAGGUGGUGAUGAAGAGCAAGAUGAUUUGUGACUUUCUUUUCUUUUUUUUAAGUAACGGAAACGUUAUGUUACAUGUAUUCAUUCACAAUAAAAUCUUG